CGCUAUCCAAUCUGUGGUUAGCCUUGCGUUUGGGUUAAGACAUUUUAGUAGCUGUCUUUUCACCAAUCGCUUCGGAUAUCCGCUAGCUAUUACGUUUUUCGUCGCCUCCCUCUGCACAGAGGACUCGCUCUGUGAAAUAGUGAUGAGGCGAUUCCCGCAUAAACAUGCUUCGGGUGGUCUGGACUAUAGCUAAUUUCAUCUUUGCUAUCCUUUUUCAUAAUCGCAAAAGUGUCGUCCACGUAGCGCCACCACGGGAUAUUGGAGAUCCCAUGUCCAGACCCUGUACUUGAGUGUAAAUUCCCGAUUAAAAUGUGAAAUAAGUCAUGUCAAAGCACAGACCUAUCUCCUCGACCAGUUGAUCCACUGUAAGCUUUGUUUUGUCGCUUAAGCUGAUGUAUCCUAUCAAGCAGCUUCUCGCUAAUCGUAAUGCCCCUUUCUCAGGUAUAUUCGUGAACAAAGAGGUAACAUAGAAGCUGACCAUCUAUUCAACUUGCUCGAUGGCAUGACAGGCCAAAAGUAUGAACGCGCUGAUCUCACAUUUGGCCGCGGUCGGUCGCUCUGGACUCCCUGGUUUGUGACGCAGGGAUCACGAGCACACAUCGCUGUGAACGCUAUCAGACUUGCCAAGUAACUGCUUGAAACCAAACUUACAUGGAAUCGGUGUCACUGUGUGAAAUUUGUUCCGAAAACUCGCACAAGUACAAGUGUCCAAGAUGUGGCUGCAAGACGUGCUCCCUGACCUGUUGCACAGAGCACAAAGUAAAGUUCAAUUGUUCCGGUGUUCGCGAUGCUGUUGUCUAUUGCCAACGUUCUGAGUAUGGAGUGUUCCAUUUUCAGCAAGAUUACCGAUUGCUGGAAGAAAUAGAUCGCAGGAAUGCUUUCCGGGAAAAAGAAUUGGCGCAAUUGAAUUGUAAGAACAGAUGGCAGCUACGCUGCCGAAAGGAACUCAUCAAAGCAGCCGAGGGAAGUGGUAUCCGCCUUCGUUUAAAUCCAACACCCGUCUUAUCACGCGCGCGCAUCAAUCGGAGUCGCGUGGUGACAGGCCCUGAUUCGCGCAAGAUCAUCCGGUGGAGCGUCGAGUUUUGCCUGUUACCAUUUUCUUCAUCUGGCGAUACUUAUUGUCUAAAAGGAUUUCAUCUGUCUAGGACGAAACCAAUCCGCUUGGUCUUGCAUGAUUGUGAGGAGGACACUCGUCUUAUGACUAUUUGGAAUGGUUUGAUGGAGAGAACCAACGAGGAGCAGGACGCUCUGAUAACAUUCAAACCUCCAGGCUCCCCACCAUUCGGUUUGGUUGCGUCCUGGCUACACGCUCGUGUCAGAAAGUGUGACGAACCGCGGUAUUAUUUCUACAUUCAAGCCAGCAGCUGUGAUGUAAACAAAGCAAACGAAAAGCUCGAAGGGAACAUUCGACUCGCUCCAACUGAGUUGCUGCCUAGCAACUUAUUGUCCCAAAUACUUAUAAUCCCUGGUGUAACCAUUCAUGAAAUACCCACAAUUUGGGUUUCCAGAGUGGAACUUACACGAUGAGUGAUACCACUACUUUAUUUGUACAUAUAACAUUUCAUAUCAUGAAA